ACUGGGGUGCGUGGUCUCGUAGCGACCUUUCGUGACACUGGCGCUUAAGGUAUCGGUGAAGUCAUAGUUACACUCUCUAACUCCAUCCAAUGCGUCGCUGCUGCAGAGCCGGUUCUUCAUGGCUGACUACACCCAGGUUCAUCACCAACGCCACCACUCAUAACUUCCAUCCUAUAUUCAACUUGUGCUUCCAUCGUAACAACACCUCUUCCCCAACGGCUUCCUACAGCCGUCGAUGGUACAACCCCGAACAGAGCCGUCGUUGUGGACCGGACACUGUCCGUCAUUGGGUGGAAGGGGAUUCUCUUCCUCCUGGCCCGCAUCAGGCAGAAAGGUUUACGGUUGUUUCGUAUAACAUAUUGGGAGAUAGGAAUGUUUCCAAUCAUGGAGAUCUAUAUAGAAAUGUUGCCCCAACUUACUUAGAUUGGGACCACCGUAGAAGAGUUAUUUGUGAAGAACUCCUCGGAUUGAAUCCUGAUAUAAUUUGCCUACAAGAGGUGGACAAGUAUUAUGAUCUACUAAACAUUUUGGAGAAAGCUGGCUAUCUCGGUUCCUAUAAGAGGCGCACUGGCGGUUCUGUUGAUGGCUGUGCUAUGUUUUGGAAGGCUGAAAAGUUUCUGCUAUUAGAGGGUGAAAGCAUUGAAUUUAGGCAGUAUGGUCUUCGGGAUAAUGUCGCUCAACUCUCUGUUUAUGAGAUGCGUGAAGCCCAGUCAAGGAGGCUCGUAGUUGGGAACAUUCAUGUGCUAUAUAAUCCAAGCCGUGGAGAUGUUAAGCUUGGUCAAAUUCGCUUUCUUUCAUCAAGGGCUCAUAUACUUUCAGAAAAGUGGGGCCAUGUACCUAUUGUGCUUGCAGGUGAUUAUAAUAGCACUCCCCAGAGUCCAAUCUACAAAUUCUUGACAUCAUCUGAGCUUAAUCUCAUGCUACAUAACCGAAAAGAGUUGUCUGGUCAGAGACGAUGCCAUCCCUCCCAAGUUCUUGGUCUUAGAAGAGAAAAGGGGAUUUUGUUUGUUCCAAUGGACAGAUUUUUUAAUUCUCGCUGGAGCGAAGAGGAGAUGAAUGUUGCGAUUGGCGCCCCUAAAUGCCACAUAGCUAUGCACCCUUUGAAGUUAAAUAGUUCUUAUGCGAUGGUGAAGGGAUCUCUAACAACAAGGGAUAACGGUGGUGAACCAUUAGCCACAUCUUACCACUCGAACUUUCUGGGAACUGUUGAUUAUUUGUGGUAUUCUGAUGGUCUUGCACCCACAAAAGUUUUAGAUACUUUACCAAUUAAUGUCUUGAAGGAAACAGGUGGUCUUCCCUGCAAGAAAUUCGGUAGUGAUCACUUGUCUUUGGUUUCUGAGUUUGUGUUCUUGGAAGUUGAAGGCAAGAAUGAAGCAACCGAAGACCGUGCUAUCAGUUGAAGGUGACAUCUGUUAAUAGUGAUGCACCGAUCAUCCAUACAACAAACUCAUCAUCAUCCUACAGUUCUAUAGCACACAGGUUCAAGACAACAUGGAAAACAAACUGGAUGUUGCAUAUACAUUGUCAAAAAAAGUUACAUGAAUCAAGUUGAACGUAAGAAAUGACGAAGUUUAGUUUGUGAUUACUAAGCAGAUGCAAUGUGCUAUUCGCUGUUGAGUAGAUUUAUAGGAUGAAUUCAUUUGUGU